CAGCGUUUCUUUAUACCGGUUUGCACCGGCUGAUAAUGACAGUUCGGCUGUCAAUGCGCUGAACGGCCUAGGACGGUUGCGGCGAUGAUUGCGUCCAAUGAUAGCGGCCUGAAAGUCCAUGUGGUGAUCCGGCGCGCGAUAACGAAUAUGCCGCUAUCGUUAUCGUCGUUGCAGCUGCCAAUAACAGUAAGAGCAUCGCAUUUCGCUUGAAUUCCGGCCGCGGUGGGAUUUCGAUCUUCGAGGCGCCCGUCAACGGGCAACUGGGUACAAGGAAGCCAAACGCCGACGGAGAGGAUGUCGCCGUAAUAUUCCUAUCGGGCCGACGUUCGCUCGUUCCCGAUGUUGCCUACCACGCGAAGUUGUCUACUUUGCACGCGCCGCUCAGGAUUAACCUAUGAUUGCCGCGGCUCGCGGAACACGCUCGAGAGCGUACUGGCGACUCGAUCAGCUCGAGCCUUUUAUCACCUGCGAUAACGAGCCUUUCAAGCCGGACGCGUGAUAUGACUUGAUUAUUAUCGACCAAUUCCGCGACACGAACGGCCGGUGAAAGCCGUGGACUGCGACAGAAGCAUCACAUCGAACGCGUGAGAGUCGUCGAAUGAUUCGAAUAUUCCUCUAAUAUUAUUCGCACGAUUCUGUGGAAAUACUGUGGAAUUAUUAUCAAUUGAAUGCGAUUAACGAAAAAUGAUCGUACUGCCUGCUCAUUGAUAAACAUCGAAUCAACAGCAGAUAUUGCUCCAUUACAAUGGAUAUUGGCGUCGUCAAAAUUGCAGAAGACAAAGAUUUUGAGAAACUGAAGCAACUGUAUGACGAUAACAAUGACUGGAGAUUAGACUACAACAAACCCGAUCUAUCCGUUUGGACAAAAUCCGUCCGAGGAAUUAGCUUUAGGAUGGUGAAGAUCAGAACACGUUUUCCCGAUGUCUCACCAGAAACGUUAUACGAUGUCCUACAUGAUCCCGAGUACCGAAAGGUCUGGGACACCCAUAUGAUCGAAUCGAAGGACAUUGGCUUUUUCAAUCCGAACAACGAUAUCGGCUAUUACUCCAUGGCAUGCCCAUCUCCCUUAAAGAAUAGAGACUUCGUCCUACAACGAUCGUGGCUGGAUACCGGCUUGGAACAACUGAUAUUAAAUCAUUCCGUUUAUCAUAAAGACUAUCCGCCCAGGAAACACUUUGUACGAGCAACAUCUUACCUCACGGGUUACAUCGUAAGGCCUUCCCGCAACGGAGAUGGCUCCGAGCUGGGUUACGUAUCGCACACGGAUCCGCAUGGCAAGCUGCCCGUGUGGCUAGUUAACAAAGUUACGCAGAUAUUUGCUCCGAAGAUGGUAAAACGAUUGCACAAGGCCUCCGUGGGCUAUCUAAGCUGGAAGUUACUCAACAGUCCAAAUUACAAGCCGUGGCAUUAUCCCGAGCAAAUAAUGGCACCUAGAAUACGAAUCGAAGAAUGCGUAAAGUCUGCCGAAGAGAAGAAUUCCAAGUAUAAUUACGUAGAUGAGUCCGACCUAAACGAGAGCUCGGUCAAGGAGUCCACCGCGAUAGACAGCGAUUAAUCCGACUCGCGUGAACGACUGUAUGAGAUGUAAGAAGGAUCUACGUAGGUGAGUAGUAGUGAGACCUCCCGCAUAUUGCAGUAUUACGAGUGAAGUGUAACACGGACAAUUUGUACAACUAUCCAAGUUCGAUUUGCGUAUUUCUUAUAUAUAUAUGAUAAAUUCUAAUUCUAAUGUUACAUAUUUAACACACGUAUAUAAUGUUAAAAAUCGAACGCCAUGUUCGUUGUCGUAUACGUCAAGUCACCUCGCAUGCGGCUGCAUUUAAAAAAAAAAGAAAACACUUGGAUAACAAAGAAAUGCCAGUGGCCUGCUUUACGUUAGGUACUAAUUUCAA